AUGGCUCUAUCCCUCGUGUACGCCUCACAGGAUGCAGCCUCUUUACCUGCGGUUGAUAUCGUGGCCGUCCACGGUCUUAACGGUGAUGCAGUUAACACUUGGACACACCCGAAGUCGAAGGCGUUCUGGUUGAGGGACUUUCUUCCCAAUAAGGUUCCUGAUGCGCGCAUCCUGACGUUCGGCUAUAACGCGGCUGCAGCUUUUGGUCACUCGACGGCGGAGAUUAUCGACCAUGCUAAAAGUCUGUUGAUCAGCUUAAUAGAUAAGAGAGAAGAGUCGGAGGCCCUCCUUCAGGCACGAUUAGAUCCACGGUAUCAGCAAAUUAAGGACUCAACUCUAGGUAUUAUCUUCAUGGGUACGCCGCAUGGCGGUAGUGAUAAGGCGACCUAUGGUAAGGUACUAGCCAAUAUCGCGCAGUUUAUCGUCGACCAGCAUUCUGCUUUACUACAAACGAACUAUGAAGAACAGGUCCCUAUCGAUGCAAAUCACAGUAUGAUAUGCAAGUUUGAAACAGAGGAAGACGACACUUUUGAGAAGGUGUAUAAGCGGGUACAAAGAAUGAGGGACUCACCACGGCGUGUACUCAAUAACCAACUCGUUGCACACAAUAAGCACUUUGAAGUACCUCAUUUAUUGAGCCCUGUUUUUACGGGCCGUGACGACGUGCUUAAACGUCUGACUACGUCAUUUACCGCCAAACGACGAUCCCUAAAACAACAUCAACAACGAUUUGUCCUCUUUGGCCUCGGAGGGUCAGGAAAAACUCAGACUUGUCUGAAAUUUGUUCAUCAACACCGGCAGAGUGACAACCUAGUUCAGCAGUGCUUCGUUCAAAUUGCACGGCUGCUCCAAACAGACGAGAAUAUUAACAGUGUCAAGCGAACGCUAGCGAAUACUUCACUAUCAUGGCUACUUAUAUUCGAUAACGCCGACAACCCCAACCUCCGCCUCACCCCAUACUUUCCCCCGGGAGACCGAGGCGAUAUCAUCAUCGCCAGCCGAAAUCCUCAGCAUCAGCAUUACAAUACUGUAGGUUAUGAAGAAGUAGACCAAUUAUCACCCUCCGACUCAUUGGUAUUACUCUCAAAAGUAGCGUACGGUGAAACCAGCCCCUUACUCGAUACUUUAGAGAAAAGGAAGACCAUCGUAGAGAUUCUUGGUUAUCAUGCGUUAGCCAUCGUGCAAGCAGGAGCUUAUAUUCGCGAAACGUCCUGUUCUCUCUCCCACUACCUCGAAGUCUACGAACAACGCAGGAAAGAUCUCCUGGAUAAUCUCCCGCCACACCUGGGCACGGACUACCAGCACAGUGUGUACGCUACAUGGCAAGUGUCGGUCGAUAUGAUUGAGUCAACACAGAUUUCGCGGAUUUCAAUGUCCAAUUCUUCACUCCAAAUAUUGGGUCUUCUAGGCUUCUACCACCAUGACCAAGUCCCCAUCCAGAUGUUCUACUGUUCUUGGCAGAAUUUACAGGCGAGAGGGAUCCGACCUGAUCAUUUCCCGUGGCAUAAUGCACCCUCUGAUUUCUUCGAUUAUCGACAUUCGGUUCAGGAAUCAAUUACACUACUCGCGAUGUUCUCGUUGGUAACAAGAAACGCGGACCUUUCGUUAUCGGUCCAUCCGCUGGUCCACGACUGGUGUCGGGAACGGUUGUCCAUCGAGCAGCAGCACUCGACCUGCCGACGAGCACUAUAUCUGUUGGCUAAUUCUGUGAACUGGGAGUAUCGGACUGAGGAUUACACGCUUCGGCGGUCACUGACGCCCCACGUGCACGAACUGCUUCGACUACAGGCUCUGUACGGUGAUAUCGGGCAGGACAAAACACAAUAUUGGCCAACAUUAGCACUGAUUCUAAGAGAAAAUGGAUGCUCGAAGGACGCAAUAAUACUGUCGGAAGAAGUUUUGGAACUCGACAUGACUAGACUUGGCGAUGAGCAUCCUGAAACCUUGAAGUCAAUGACUAAUCUCGCAAAUCAGUACAGCGAUGUCGGGCGAUACAGUGAGGCUCUACAAAUAUCAGAAAAAGUACUGAAAGGGUAUCAGAGUAAGCCUGGAGAGAUUAGCUCUAGUGCGUUAAGAUCAAUGCAUGAUCUCGCCAUUCGCUAUAGCGAGGUUGGGCGAUGGACUGAGGCACUUGAUCUAACCAACAAGGUAUUGAAACUCCAAAAAACCUAUCUCGGGGAGGGUCAUCCUGACACGCUGAGGACUAUGAGUAAUCUUACCGCUCGGUAUACGGAGGCUGGGCGACACAGAGAAGCGCUACAGCUAACGGAAGAGAUAUAUGAGUUGCAGAAGGUCAAGCUCGGAGAACAUCACCCAGACUCAUUAAGAUCGAUGCAUAACCUAGCGAUUCAGUAUAGCGAUGCAGGGCGACAGCCUGAAGCACUACAUCUAACGGAGAAGGUCUUGGAAUUAAUGAAGAGCAAGCUCGGAGAACAUCAUCCUGAUACUUUGGCGGCGAUGCAAAAUCUUGCAAUUCGACGAAGCGAGGCGGGACAGAAGAGUAAGGCACUACAAAUCACGGAAGAAGUACUAGAACUACGGAAGGCUAAACUUGGAGCGGACCAUCCUGACACUUUGAUAUCGAUGCAUAACUUGGCAGUUUGGUAUGGUGCUGCUGGACGGCAGGGUGAAAAGCUACAAUUAACUGAGGAAGUAUUGAAGCUGAAACAGAGCAAGCUCGGAGACGAUCAUCCUGAUACUUUGAUGUCGAUGAGCAAUUUAGCAAUCUGUCAUGACGAAGACGGACGGCAGAGUGAAGCAGUGAGAUUAACGGAAGAAGUAUUGGCACUUCGAAAGACUAAACUUGGAGACAGCCACCCUCAUACCCAGGCAUCGGAGCAAUAUCUGGAAUAUCUCUUGCAAACAAAAUCGGAGACAUCUUCAACGCCUAAGCAGUCACAGCAGCGGAGGCGUUUCAGGCUCACUUUUUUUCGUGGUCGUCGUCCAGGAAAAAUGGGUGACGUGGGACAAGGGGAUGGCCACGAGAACGCGGUAUAG